AGACCAUGAUUGAAUGUUUGAUUUUUGUAAUUCUUUUAGGUAUUAGGUGCUAUUUUACUAAUUAUUAGAUAAGGUUUCUGAAAUCUGAAUAUGCUAUCCUGACUCCUGUCGACAUCAUUGAAGGGUUAUAUUAUAAUUAUAUUCAUUUCCUAAGUGCAAGAACUGCAACUGUUGUGGCUUAAAUGUUUUUUUGUGAAUUUCUAAUAAACAUUUAUUGACAUUUUAAUUCAUAAAGUGAACUCUUAACAAAUUAGAAAUGGCUGCAGUUGAAUCACUUGUAAAAGUCGAAGAAAAACCUGUUAACAGAGAAAAAACUUGCCCAUUAUUAUUAAGGGUAUUCUGUGCAAUGGGACAUCACAAUAACUUAUCGGAAUACUAUCGAGGUGCUGUGCCUGGGAAUGAACUUCAAAUAUAUACAUGGAUGGAUGCUACGCUACGUGAACUGACUGGCCUGAUUAAAGAGGUUAACAUUGAGUCUCGAGUCCGUGGAACAACAUUUGAUUUUGUUCUAGUAUCACCAGAAUAUAAUUGCCCAAGAUUCAAUGCAUUUGAAAUAGGCCUUACUGUUGCUGGAAAUCGAUCUCCAGAUGAUUCGAAAACAUUAGGAAACACAAGAUUUACUAUUGGUGAUUAUUUAGAUGUUUGCAUAACUCCUCCAGAACGUUUUAUGAGGAGACCGGCACCAAUGCGUUACCGUAAAUAAUUAAAAAAAAAAAACCUUUCAGUCAUUGAACAAUAAUUUGGUGUAAUGUAUCAACAAUAAGAAACCAACUCACAUCAGAUAAAAUGCCAUAUUCAAA